ACUCGAUUACUUGAAAACAUUCCAAUUCUUCGACAUUGGAUUAAAUUUUCUUUCAAACGUUUCUGUAGACAAGAAACUUAAAAAAGACAAGGAAUCUUCCAGAUGUGAUCAUUUAGAGAUUUCCUUUAUAACGAGUAUAUUAUUCUGCAAUCAACACAUAGGUCUUUCUUCUGCCAUAAUAAACCAUUUUGACAAGUAUGGGACAUUAUUUGCCCAUCCAUUAAUGCUUAAGCAAAAUUCAGAUAUAGAUACUUGGAAAACUUUUGAUAGACAUAAUAAACAAGAGAAGGCCUUUAGUGAGGGCUCUAGGCAACAAAAUAACCGGGAUAUUUAUACUGGACAGAAAAUUUUUCAGUGUAAUAAAAUGGAUGAAGAUUUUGCAGAUUGCCCAGACCCUAGUAAACCUCAGUAUCUUCAUUUUCUGCAGAAUAUUUAUAAAUGUGAGAAAUGUGGAGAAGUCUUUGAUCAGUGCUCAAAACUUGCUGUCCAUCCAAGUAUCCAUUUUCAACAGCAGACAACUGAUACUGUAGAUGAACAUUAUAGAUGUAAAGGAUGUGAAAAAGUCUUUACCAAAACUUCAGCCCUUAGUCAACACCAGAACACUGAAACUGAAGAGAAACUCUACAAAUGUAAAGAUGAUUGCACAGAUUUUAAUCAAAACACAGCACCUACUCAACACAAGACAAUUGAUAGAGGAGAGAAUCCUUACAAAUGUAAAGUUUGUGGCAGAGCCUUUAAAUUUUGUUCAACUCUUACUGAACACCUGUUAAUUCAUUCGGGAGAGAAACCCUACAAAUGUAAAGAAUGUAACAAAGCCUUUAAUCAAAGCUCUAAUCUUACCAGACAUCAAAAAGUCCAUACUGCAGAGAAACCCUAUGAAUGUAAAGAAUGUGGCAAAGCCUUUAAACAUCGUUCAACUCUUUCUCAACACCUGUUAAUUCAUACGGGAGAGAAACCCUACAAGUGUAAAGAAUGUAACAAAGCUUUUAAUCAAAACUCUAAUCUUACUAGACACCAGAGAAUUCAUACUGGAGAAAAACCCUACAAAUGUAAUGAAUGUGGCAAAGCAUUUCCUAGAAGUUCAAGUCUUACUUUACAUAAGAGAAGACACACUGGAGAGAGACCUUAUAAAUGUAAAGAAUGUGGAAGGGCCUUUCAUCAAAGUUCAGCCUUUACUCAACACCAAAGGAUUCAUACUGGAGAGAAACCCUACAAAUGUAAACACUGUGACAAAGCCUUUGUUAGAAGUUCAAUACUUAAGGAACACCAGACAAUUCAUACUACAAAGAAACUGUGCAAUGCAAAGAAUGUGGCAAAGCCUUUGAUUGAAGCUCACAUCUUACUCAGAACCCAAUAAUAUAUAUUGGAGAGAAAUCCUACAAAUGUAGAAAAUGUGGCAUAGAAUUUGAUCAAAAUUUAAUCCUUACUGAACACUAAAGAAUUUAUAGUGGAGAGAAGCCUUAAAAGUGUAAGUAAUGUGACAAAGCGUUUACCCAGUAUUCAAAUGUUAGACAGCAUCACUGUAUUCAUGUUAAGUAAAGAUCUCAUCAAAGUAAAGCUUCUAAAAAAGUCUCUUCACAUACAAAAAUUUGCACUGGAAAGAAAACCUACGAGUGUAAAGAUUGUCAGAUUGUUUCAUCAAAAGUUAACGCAUUUUUUACAUUUCCCCUAAAUGGCCUCAGUUUUGAAAACUGUAAAAAAAAAAAACAACACCUCUUGGUCAUUUUAGCAGAAAAAUUGCUUUCUCAGUUAUUUAAGUGUUUUUCUAUAGAGAACACACAGUAUGUUUUGUUAGUGAAUAAAAGAAUGGUUCAUAAUGUGUUCACAGUGUUGAGUAGUGAAUGAUAUAUUAUUCUACCACAGACAUUAUAAACUCUUCCAUCUUGUUCAAGUUUUUCAGGAAUCAGAUGCUAAUGGUAUACUAUUGGGCAAAUAGAAGAAUGACAUUUUUAGUAAUCCUAGGAUCAUUGAACUUGAGAUAAUUUGAAUACCAGUAUUUUCAUUAGUCAUAGUUUUAUUUUUUGGCCUUUCUAUUUGUAAUUACUGGGAAAUUAUGAUUAUUGUUGAAAUUUAAAAAUAAGCCCUUUCUGAUUGUUAAUUAGUAUCUAUAAAUUUACUCUGGUUUAUUUUCAUUCCUUCAGAUUUCAAAAUACAGACCUUUAUAUUAAUUUAUAUUAAAUGAAAAGUACACAUUCUAAGAAACUUCAGGAAUAGUUGAACUGUAUAAUUAUGUACUGUGUAUAUAUGUGAAUUUAUGUCUGAGUGAAUACCUACUGAGAGGAAAAGGACAUUAUUGAACCAAAAGAUAAUUUCAAAAGGUGUGAUUAUUUAGUAGUAAAUAAGAAACACAUGAUUAAAA